AUGUCUACUGAGGAUGUUAUUGAAUUGGGUUCAUCUGACGAGGAGGCCGAACCUGCUCCAAAGAAGAGAAAAGCUAUGCCUAAUGCCAUGGUUGUUAUACCAAGUGAAUGUUCUGGAGUAACGAUAAAAGGAGUUAAAUCAAGCUCAUCUAUAAAAAAUGCAAACAUUCAGCCAAAACCAGUAAGUUCUACGAAUGAUAUGUCUAUGGGAUCAAAACCGAUAAUAGUUCGCAACAUGAACAAUAACUAUAACGCUAAUAUUUUAAAGCAAAGGUCAAACUUGAUCCCAGUUCACAUACCUGUCAUUAAAAAUAUUUCGAAUGAUAUGAAGUGUCCUGUAGUACCUCGGCAAAAGCUGUCGAUUAAUCCAAUGAGCUACAUUCAGAAUUUUAAUAAUAAAAACCAGCUUACUAUUACAAAAUCCAACCCAAAUAAAAAUUAUACUGCUAUGGUAAUACGGGGACCAAAAUUUCUAAAUAAUUUACCACCAGGUAUUACUAUAAAGCCUGUAACAAAUCCUGGUGCAUCUGGAACAAAAAGGAAGCAGGUUGUAAAUAAACCAAAAACUCUUAUGCCAAAAGUAUCAACUGUUGAAAUUGAUGAUGAGCCAGUAGAAUCAUCUACUGGUAAUCCUCAAUGGUACUUGAGGCCUGAAGAACAAAGAGAUAAUAAUUCUUUUAAUGAAGAAGUAGGUUCAGAUGUAGUAGAAAAAAAAACAGAAAUGUCAAUGGAAGAACAAAAUAAUAAGGAGCCAGAAACUCAAAAAUUUGUAGAAAUCACAAUAGAAGAUAGUCCUGUCAAACAAUUACAUUCAAAACAUAGUAAUGAAAUUGGUAAAGAAUUAACUAUUACUAUUGAUGAUAGUCCAGUUAAACCUAUUUUUAAAAAUAAUAAUGAUAUUCAUAGUGAUAGUGAACAGUGUGGAGAUAAAACACCCUUAAGUAAAAAGAAAUUAGAAUAUCCAAAAGAAAAUUAUAAAGAGAAGCAAGUAGUAGAAAUAGAAAUUGAUAUUAUGCAGCCUAACAUCUAUAGUUGUAAUAAUAAUUCUAAAGAAGAAACAAUUUGCACUAACAAAUCAAACAUUGAGAAAUCUCCAAUGGAAGUAAAUAUUGAUUCUAAAAAUGGUGCUAGUGAUGUAAAUAAUAAAGACCAGACCACUUCAUGUGAAUUCCAUCCAAUUUAUCAAAACUUUAUAGAUUUAUGUUUUCAACUUGAAGAUUCAGCUGACAUGACUAAAAUAGUUGAAAAGAAAAUUAAGGCAUACUAUAAGCAAUGUCCAAAGGAAUAUGUAGAAUCUGAAGAGUUCAUUGAAAUGGUCUCUAGUAAAAUAACUUCCAUAAAAGCUAGUCCUGAAAAAUUGUAUUUAUUUAUUAAAGAUAUUGUCGAUGAGUUGAAUUUACAAAGGAAGAUGACUAAGUCUCAUAAACCAAAAAAGGAGGAUCUGAAUAAAGAUUCAUUGCAUUGUGACACACAGGAAGAUAAUGAAUAUGAUUAUAAGAGACAAAGGCAGAUAAGAAAGCUUGAGAAAACCAUUAAAAAAUUACAUAGGGCAGUGCAAAAACUUGAAGAACAAGAAGUUGAUUUUGAAGAUGAUGAAGAUUCAGUUUAUUUAUUGACUGAGAGGUAUAAGGAGAGACUAAUACGAGUCUAUGAGAAGUUCUGUCAAAUGAUCAAUACUAAAAUGCCUUCAGAGCCUCGUCUUCACAUAGAAGCAAGACCGGGCAGGCCCCCGGGACCAGCAAAAAAACUGGAAAUGUGGAUUAAUAAAAAAGUGCCUAUAGGGACUCCUUUACCCUUCCCGGACUUCCAUGAUGUGCUUCGUUGUGUUCGUGAGGCCAAUAAUCAAGAUAAACUUGGUUGGAACGAAGUUGACAUAAUGGAGGAAGCUCAAGACUUAUUUACGAGAUGCGGUAAAAAACUUCAGAGACGUCGCCAAGAGAAUGAAUGGAGAAUAGCGUCUUCUAGAGUAGCUCAUCACGUCGACCCCGCGGAGAGUAGUGCAGAUUUAAAGAAAAAGUUUGAAGAAAAUAAAAAGAUAGCUGCUAUCAAAGAGUCUGAACUCCUUAAUAAAUAUGUUGAAAGGCAGAAUCAAAUGAACCUUCAGCCUGUAGAAAUUGAGGAUAAGGAAGCUGAUGAGUCUCCAGUGGAGAGUGAAGAGGAGGAUCUGGUAGAAGAAAAGAAUUCGCUAGACGACAAGCAAAGAAGGAAAGUCACGCUAAAAAGAUUGAUAGAAGAAAGGAGCAAAAAGAAUGAGGAAAAGAAAGAUAACACACCAUUAGAAAAUGUAAAUAUUGAUGAAACAAAGAUGGCAGAAUCUAAAACAACUGAAAAAAAAGUUACCACUAAAGACGAUGAAUCAAAUAAAAUGGAUGUCGAUAUAGCAAUAGAUGUUAAACAGAACUAUUUGAUUGAAGAAAAACAAGAUAAAUUUGGAGUGGAUGACAGUGAUGAUGUCGCGUCAGGUAUAGACGAACUAAAUUUACUAUCUAAAUUGUAUUCAGAAAACGAAUUGGAUUCUUCACAAGAUUGCUCUGAUUCAGAUGUAUCCGUAAUAACAUUGGAUACUUUAGGAACUGAUAGCGAAAAUGAAAAUGUUCCAUGGCUAAUAAGUGAAGAUGUUAUAAGCAUCGAAAAUUCUAGUUACUCCGAAAGUGAAUCUACAAUGGACGGGCAGAACAAGAAAGCUUGUCCAACACCAAUAGUCGAAGACAUUAAAAAUAAAGACACUGAAUUAGAAAUUUCUCUGAUUGCUGACAAUGAGAAUGACACGAGAGAAGAAAUCGUUGAAAAUAUUCUUUUAGCAUCAUCUGAUGAGGAAAACACAAAUCCAAUACAAGAAAAUAUUGACUGUAUUAAUUUAAGAGACGACAGUUUAUCUAUAUCGGAGACAAUGCUGGUUGGUGAGACUUGUGAGAAAGAAAGUGUUGAUAAUGAUGAUUCUAUUGUUUGUGUGAAUGAAAACCCUUUACAAAGUAUAAGCGAAUCCACUUUUAAUGCAAAAGACAUUGAGGAUAAAUGUGUAGAUGAAAACAGUGCCACAAGCUCAAUAAUUUCAUUACAAAAUAAUGAUGUCAGGGUCGAUGAAGUUAAAGACCUUGUAGAUGUUUGUACGUCUGAUGCCAAUUCCGUGGAAAGUGUUGAUUUGCAGAUUGAAGAAAAUGUUCAAAAAGGUAGUCCAAAACAAAUUUUGAAUGUUAAUAAUGAGUCAAGUACAAUAGUGCAAGACAGUGAUGAGAAAGAUAAUAAUAACAGCAAUCAAAGUGCUAGUGUCUUUAAUGAUGCA